AUGAAACGAAAAUCAACGUCAUCACAGAGGCCAACCCUCGAUGGCAAACAUAAGGAAAAGAUCUCCCAGGGACAGAAACGAGCACAUGCUGAGAGAUUAGAAGCUUCAAGGCAAACAAAUCAAGCAACCUUCAUGAACUCAUUGUAUGCCAAUGUUCGACGGCAGCAAGCUGAAGCUAAUGCAGCUGAACAUUCUGAGCAGAAUCCGGAUGGUGAAGGAGAAGAUGAAAGGAAUGCUAGCAUACCAAUCAUUGACCAGCCUCCUGAGCUAAUUGAACGACAUGAGGGUAUGCCUAUAGUUCCAAAUCUUGAUAUCCUUGACGAUGAAGAGUUUGUGGACGAAGAUCUCACUGAGGAAGAACCUGAGCUGACGAUCAUGCACAGAUAUCUCCAAGCAAUCCAAAAACGGCUGCAGUAUGAGACUUCCCCCAAGUUUCCAGCAUUGGAAAACAAAUGGCUCAACGAAUUUCUGGGGGAAAAUGACUGGUGGAUCCAUCGGCAUCAGUACCGCUCUAUCUGUAGAUUACUGCAAAUCCAGUACAAAGAGGAAGAAAACGAGGCUGCAUACUUUAGAAAGGUUUAUGUUUGGUUGCCUGAUGUUAGAUGGGGUCCAUCUUGCAUGCCGACUUGUGCUAAAUGUGGCUCCAAUACCACUGUCAGGAAUAAUGGCUUCCGCGACAACCAUUUUGGGCGCAGAGUAGUCGCACUUGAUCAUGACUACUACUGUAUUUCAAGGCGGUAUCGGUGUAAUAAUUGUGAGCAGAAGGCAAGAGAGGCAAAGAUAGCUAUUCAACAAAGUGCUGCCGCGAACAAUAUUGCGAUCCAAUUCACCGAAGAGACGGACAGUGGACAGCAGUAUUCAUUCAUGGCAUGGAACAGAAAAACACUUGAGCUGUAUCCACAUGGUAUCGGGCAAGAAUUCCCCGCAUUUUUGACCCAUAGGUCUGGAGUGGAUCGCCUCCUUCUGGACAUGAUGCGCCCACUUUUUGACAAAGGCUUACGACCUGGGGCAUUUGCAGACACCAUUCUGGAACUGCAUGCAAAGCGGUACCAUCAGGAAUGUCUAAAACAUGAACUUGAACUAGCAAAGACAGCCAAUCGCUAUCACAGACCUAUGCUUUCAGCAUUUGGAGACACAUCAAAGUACAACGGAUUGGUCCCAACUGGUUCCUAUCUCAUGUAUGUGUACAAGUUGUUUCACAGCACCAUCAAGGACUUCCUAGACACUGAAGUAAAGAAAAGGGGCGCCAAAAUGAUUUGUGUUGAUGCCAGUUACAAGGAGCCAAAGCAUCUUUGUCAGUAUCAUGGCCAGAAUCUGUUUAAGGGCCUGAUCACUGUCACAAACGAAAUUGGGGAAAUACGAUUGCAAUUCCACGUGGUCACAGAUGACCACGAACAAUUUCGACCAUCGUUGAUUGCGUUUUUGGAAACAGUGAAAGCAUACGGCCAAAAUCCGUUGGAGCUUGUCUUCACAGACAAUGUCCAGGCCGAUAGGCAAUUUUACUUGGACACGUUUCCUUCUUUGGCUGAAGCCCAAGCUCGUCUUGAUAGAAUUGUGACCGGCGGCAACGAAGAAAGCGGUGAUGAACAAGACAACACUUGCACAGUCGACGAUGACCAAUUUUUUGUAAUUUCAGAAAGAGGUGAGAUGAACAGAUUUGUCACAGCACUUGACGAAAUCAUGCAAGACAAAUCCGCAGAGGAUCAAGUGGUCGGGCUUGAUGCAGAAUGGAAUGUCAAUAUAGCCAGCUAUGGAAUGCCAAAGAAAAUUGGAAAACUUGCACUACUAAUUCUGGCCUACAAAGACAGUGACGGGCGUCACAAGGCUGCUCUAUUGAGACUGCAUAAGUUCCCUUCACUUCCGCAUCGCUUGCUUGCUUUCUUGGUCGGGGGAACAAAGUUUGUCGGGAAUUAUGUAGGUGGUGACAUUAAACGGCUCGGACGUGACUAUCACUGUGAGGAUGAGAUGAAGAAAGUUUCAGUAGUCAACUUGGGACGUUAUGCAAGAGAUAGGGAUGUUGUACAGAGUGGUACAGUCAGAUUGGAUGCUCUUGUUCAGAUUUGUUUGGGCGAAACCAUGCAAAAACAAGCCAGUGUUCGUGUCUCAAGUAAAUGGGAACAGCCCUCAUUAUCGCAGGAUCAAAAGAAGUACGCAGCACUGGAUGGGAUCAAGUCACUGGAGGUGUACCUUUACCUUCGGCAGAAACCAGACCUAUCAGUUCGGCUAUCAGUUGAGGAAGCAAGAGCUGGCCUUUGUAUUGACGUUGCUCCACUUCGUGGAGGAGCCCUCAGCAUGGUUGCGACUAGGUGCGCAACUGGCACAUUGACAGAACAAACUUAUGAUGAAUGGGAAGUGCCAAGUGAUAUGAGACUUGACACUGGACAGAUCAAUAAACGACGAUACCGCGUUGUGAAUGUAUGUUCUGUGGUCGCACCACAUUAUAUUGUACCAUAUGUGAAGAAGAAAGAAAGUGGAGGGCCUGUUUGUCUUGACGACUUUGGGGCUCCACCAUUCUUUGUCAUUCUACCUUUGACCAUGUUGAAGCAGCACAUAGAAUCAGAUACAAUUCGCCCUUUCCCAAAUAUGAACCCAAAUGUGAAUAACAUGACCGGAGCAACCGGAGGAGCAAUUCCACCGGCACCAAUAGUGCCGCCAGCACCGCCAGCACCUCCGCGGAUUAUGCAAAACCAAUUGUUCGAUCAGAACGAGACUUUCACGGAGGAGGAUACUGGACAAAUAGGAACAAUGGACCAAUUGGACGGUGAUGCUGAAACUGCAGCUGUCAAUCUAUCCAACAAAGAUGUGGAAAUGCUACACAAGGUGUGCCUCCUUGGAGACAAAGCAGCUUUGGGAAAUGACUUGUUGGCGUGUGCACAUCUUGACAACGCUCCAGACAAAAUCACUGACUGUUUUUCGGCUGUUGUUGGUGAUGUCUUUCAUUUAAUGGAUCGAAUGAAAAUUCCCACUCACCAUGAGUUCAAAAAGGCUUUCAAGGUCGCAUUACGAGACAGUGUUUUGCAAUGGAGCCCUCCUGAGCUGGAAGAGGUGAAGACCGCAGUGAAGGCAAAAGAUGGAAAGACUGACGAUGAAAUUGAUGCUGACAUGUAUUUCAAUGCAGCCUUCUGGAAGGCAUGCGUCCCGAGAAGGGUCCUACCUCCUCGGUUGCUAUAUUGGAGGGUCCGAGCUGUAUUUGUUUCGUUUGGAGGUAUGAUUGACUCGACAAGCAAGAAACCGCUUUUCAACAAGACAGCAUGGAAGAAAGCCAACAAUAUUUUGAAAGAAAUCUUGCGCGGGUAUUAUUCUGAUCCUCCAGGAUAUUCGUUUUAUUCUACAAAGUUCAACAAGAGAGGAGAGCCAAUGGUCAAUGCCUACGGUUUUGAUAUUCUUUCUUGCAGACGUGGGACCAAUGACGUGGAAUCGACUCACAAGUUACUUUUGUCAAUAUUUGGCACUUGGCAUAUUGGGCUUCAGAUGUCGGAUUGUUUGCUCAGAGAGAGAAGGCAUCGUCAUAAUCAAAGAUGUUCAGAGAAACGCCGGUUGGGCCAUCCUUGCAUAGGGCAUUAUGACACUUGGCUGAUUGACGCUCUACAGAUUCUGGUACAGGUCAAUCAUGGGAUCUUGCUCCAUCCAAAUUGGAUCAAUUCAAGCGACUUCAAGAACACGCAAGAAAAGUUUGGGACGAUUACACUGCAUGAUGCUGAGUUGGCGGAAGCACUUGCAAAAGUUCAGAUUGACGAAAGUGUGCGGCUGACUCAUGAUAUGCAGUAUUUGUGUUCUGUGAUGGGAACAAAGCUUCCGUUGUUACCUGUUCACACUAUUGACGAGCGCAGGCACUUCUCAAAUCUUGUUGUACAGCUUCAAAACGGCCAGGAUAAAUCUUGCAAGAAGAUGGCACUGGAAUGGACAAAAGCGGUGAACGGUGUUACCAUUUUUCCAAAGCUGCCGGUACAUCUUCGAAAUUAUCGCGACAAGUUUGAGCGGAAUGCAAAAGUACGUCAAGCUUUCAAAGAUGCUCAAGAGUCAAGGGAAAUUCUAUCUACCUUGAACAAGGCUCUUUGCCCAGAAAUCGAAGCAGAUGAAGGGAUUGAUGCAGAAGACACGCCACAGCAGUUGGACAAUUAUACUAGGCAAUGGCCUGCAAUAUGUGCACCACCACAACUGCUGCUUCCAUUGGCUCCAUCUGCUGUCGAGCCGGGAAAUAUUCAUGUGGGUGGCGUUCUCAUCAACAAGGCGCCGGAUAUUGCACCAUUAGAUCGUAUUAAGAAGAGAGGAAGAGGUCAGAGAGGGCCGGAUAAUCCUAGAAAGGGUGCCAGGCCCAAGCGCAGAUGCAUGUUGUGCAAGGGAAAAGGUGAGACUGAUGAUGCUGCCCGAAAUUGUCCAGGUAGCAGACAUCGAGAAGACUGCAAACACCUACAAAGAUAA